GAUGGACAUUACCAAACCAAAUGUUAUAUGGAUUAAAGGACGCUGCUAUCGGCUUUAUGGACAAAGCACAAGUUUAUCAAAUUUUGAUUCAGAAUAUACCGGCUAUGGAGAUGACGAGCAGGAGUAUCUUGAUGGAAGAGAUGAUGAUUGCUCUGACAACGACUAUGAGAUAGAAGAAGCUGAGUCUGGAAGACUGAAGACGUCCUUUCAUAUUCCAAGGUCACUACAUGGAGUACUCAUUGGACCAAAAGGAGCAACCAGAGCUCGCUUAGAAAAGGAAACUAAGGCGUUAAUCAGAAUUCCUAAAAAAGGACUUGACCAGGACAUAGUUGUAACUGGUACAACUAGAGAAAGCAUUGUACGAGCUAGACGUCGCAUGGAGCUGAUUGCUCUGACAGCAAGACAAAAGCAGCAGUUUACUCAUUUCCUCUCCUUGCCAGUAAACAAUGAAAACAUUAAGAGUGGAUUUUUAAAAUUCCAGGAACAAGUGUUAAAUGAAUGUAAAGGACGUGGCAUUAGAAAAGACAUCUUUCAAGAUCCAAAUAAAUUGCACAUCACCCUUGGAACUCUUGUUCUUCUGGAUGAUGAUGAUAGGAAGAAGGCAGCCCAAGCUCUUCUGAACUGCAAGCAGGACCUAGUAGAACCUUUACUGCAGAAAGGUACCUUGAGAUUGCGAGUUUAUGGUAUUGAGUACAUGAAUGACGAUCCUGCAGAAGUUGAUGUCUUAUAUGGCAAAGUGGAGGAUCUUAAUCAGGAGCCUGUUGUUCAAGAACUUGCCAAUGACAUUAUCAAAUAUUUUUCAAAAACAGGUCUUAUGCCUAAGCAGUUUGAUUCUGUAAAACUGCAUGUGACUCUCAUGAAUUCUAUCUUUCGAAGAGAGGGUGCUGAUUCAGAUGUUGCUAAUAAGGGAGAAAAUCUGAAGAGGACGCGUGAAUCUUUUGAUGCUUCUUCAAUUCUAAAGAAGUUUCAAGAGUAUUCCUUUGGAGAAAUUACAGUGGAGACUAUUGAUCUCUCUCGCCGCUAUUCAACAGCAAGCAAUGGAUAUUAUGAGGCAACUGCAAGCUUAAACUUAGUUUAAAAAUGUUUAAAGCUGUAAAAAAAAUGAAAGGGUCAAUAAACUUUUAUUGCCCCUCUGAAA